AGAAACUGUUCCCCUUUUCUUUUUUUCAAAGAAGUUUCUACGGCUCCUCCCUCUUCCCUUACCCUCCACCUCCACCCCUUCCAUCCCUCUCCCCGCCGCCUCGCUCCCAACCCUCCGGAUCGCAUGAGCCCUCGGACGGGUCGCAAACCCGAGCGGCUUGCAGAGAUUUACGGAUCGCAUUCGUCCGAUCCGCCAACCCGCCCGCCUGCCUUGCCGGGAUUACCAGGUGGCAUAUCCCUUCGGGUGGCCCACCCCCGGGCCGAACUGCCCCCGACCCCGUCUGCCCUCUCCGGACUGGCAGCCUUCUCUCCGGGCCUCCCGGCUCGCCCGGCCCGCCAACCCGAUCCUCCCCUUUCAGGCCGGACUGGACUGCCCCGUCGGGCCGGGACUUCCAUGAGCCCGUGAUUUUCCCCCCUCCCCCCCCGGAGCCCCCCGCCCGGGGAUGGCGCGGCCUGGGGGCGACAGGUCCCCGGCCCCGCCGCUGAGCGGGCAGGCCGGGGGCCAGGCGGGCGGAGCGGGGCUGCUCAGCCUCCGGAGUCUCCUGCAAGGACCGGUCAAGACGAAGGAGCCGGCCGGCUGCCUCCUAAAGGAGAAGGAGCGGAAGGCGCGUCCCGCCCGGGAGGAGGAGGAGGAAGAAGAGGAGGGGGCGGCCGUGCGGGCCGGGGGGUCCCCGCGGGGCCGGGCCGGGGGGCCGGGGACGCUGCUGGGCUCCCUGCUGUGGGAGCGGGCCCUGCCCUUCGGGGAGGUGGAGUACGUGGACUUGGACGCCUUUCUGCUGGAGCACGGCCUGCCGCCCAGCCCCCCGGCCCCCGGCCCGCCCCCCGCGCCUCCCGGACCACCGGCCCCCGCCGCCCCCGGCUCCUGCGGCUCCUCGGCCCGCUCCUCGCCCGGGGAGGGCAUGAUGGAAGCCGGGACCCCCGUCCGCCGGGGAGCCGGAGGGGGGCACGCAGUCCCAGCCUCUCGGGACACCCCCAGCCCCGUGGACCCAGAGGCUGUGGAGGUGCUGAUGACCUUCGACCCCGAUCCGGCUGAUCUGGCCUUGUCCAGCGUCCCCGGCCACGAGACCUUCGACCCCCGGAGGCAUCGCUUCUCUGAGGAGGAGCUCAAGCCCCAGCCCAUCAUGAAGAAAGCACGGAAGAUACAGGUGCCGGACGAACAAAAGGAUGAGAAGUACUGGAGUCGCCGCUACAAGAACAACGAGGCUGCGAAGCGCUCACGGGAUGCCCGGCGGCUGAAGGAGAACCAGAUCUCGGUGCGGGCGGCCUUCUUGGAGAAGGAAAACGCGCUCCUGCGGCAGGAAGUGGUUUCCAUCCGCCAGGAACUGUCCCAUUACCGCUCGGUGCUCUCCCGCUACCAGGCCCAGCACGGGGCCCUGUGAGGCUCCGGCCCCACGCCGCCUCCCCCUUCCCCACCCUCCCCCCGGCCGGCCGCUGCUCAGCAGAGGACUGGGCUCCCCGGAUGGGAGGGCCGGGCGGCCCGGGAGUGGAGAGAAACGUGAAGGCAGCUUAGGUGGAUGAGCGCUGACCACCCCCACCCCCCCCCGUGGGCUCCGGGGACUCCCCUGGCCCCGCUGGCCGGGAGAAAGGAGAAGUCCGGACAUGUGGAAAGACUCCCGGGGCCGAGGCGGUGGCGGGGGGUGCGUGCCGAACGUGGAGUGCUCUGGCCCUUGGAAGUUGGGGAGAUCACAGACUGGACCCCUCCUGCCUGUGGGUGGGAGAUGCCACAGGCGGCGGCCUGCGGGGGCCCCUAGACUACUCCCACCCUUUUCUACCGCCCCCUCCCCAACCCCAAACACGCAAACCUGAGUCUCCGCUCCCAGCCCCCCCUGCUCCCCACUUCUCCUUUGGGUAGCAGGUUGAGACUCCUGGUUCCGGGCUGGGCCCCAGCGGAGUUGUGGGGGCUGUGAGGUUUCAGGGAUGGGGGUAGGGGGAGGGCCUGGGUACCUGGGCCAGUGCCAGAUGAUGAUAAAUAUAUAUUUUUUUUAAGAAAAAAAGAGCCACCGGGUCCAGGAGGAUGGGGGCAGGGUGGAGGGGGAGGAGGAAGUCUGUCCCUCUGUCUUGCGUCCUGCCCGCUGGGGACCCAGGCCUUCCCAGCCCCCAGCUCACCUACCCAUUUGCCCCUGGCGGCGUCUUCACUGCAGUUUACAAAUCUCAAAUAAAGCGUGAGACCGAGUUCCUCCCCCGAA